AGAGCACGGGGUGGAUAUCGGCUUCCUUUGUUUGUUACUCUGGUUGCUCUGGCUCUCUUCCCAUCCGUCUCGUUGUUGCUCUCCGUGGCUCUUUUUUCCCCCUUGCAACGUACACAUCUGGGAUAUUUUUUGUAAUCGCAGUGCUGCGGCGUUUCAAUGACAUGAGAAAGGGGCGUAUCGUUUGUGGGGAGGGUAAACGAAAAACAGUUCCACAUUCACUCUCUUCUUUCUUUUUGGCACAAUCGUUUGUCGACCACUGUGAAUAAAACGUCAUGCCAUAUAACCGCGUUUUCGAGUACUGCUAUUCGAAAUAAAGUAUAAAAUAAAAGCUUUGAAGAUGUGACAAAUAAAUUCAGUGAAUAUUCAGAAGUCUACGUUCCCGGAUUAAUUAUUAUUAGUGUUUUUACCGGCAUCUUCGGGACAAUACGUGAUGUGACACAAAGCUGAAACAGAAGAGCUGCACAUUUUUUUAGAACCAGCGGAAAAGGACUAAAGAGCCAAGCAGCCAUGAGGACAGGGUCGUGUCACGUGAGGCGCCUGAUGGUGGCCGUUUUCUUAAUUGCUCUCGUCUAUUGUGUGACUCAGGUGAUGAGGUCGGAGCUAAGGUUCAACGAUACCGAUCUCUCGAACUCGGACAAAUUAAUCCGGAUAUCGCAGAUGAUAAAGGAAUCCAGUCGAGACGUUCUCUACUUGGGGGGUGCAGUUCCAGCCUGCAAACUACCGGAACUCGACUUAUUGAACCCAGAAAUCACGAAAUUCAUACACGAUGUUCCCCCUCUCGAUUGCGGACCGGAAGACUGGGUCACUGUGGAAGGCUCGAAACUGUCGAUUCUGGACAAGGCAAAAAGUCGCUACGGUCCGAUAACCUGCGCUUUCAGUGAAAUUCUUCGAGUCGAUGAUUUCAAUACGAAACAAACGGAACCCCGGGAAUCUGACGAUUUUUAUAUUUUACGACACAGUGACUUUGUCGACGUGCGGUGCGAAUCGAAAACCGGUAAACAGUGGCACAGUGUAUUGGCAGGCGUGAAGGAAAGCCCUACGAUGGGGAAGACCCACACGUGGGACAAAGUGCCGAACAACGGCCUCAAACUGAACGUUUUGAUGUUCGGAUUCGAUUCGCUGUCGCGAAAUACAUUCAUACGAAAAUUGCCAAAGACAUAUCAUUACUUGAAGCAGAAUUUGGAUGCCCUAGUUCUGGAAGGUUACAAUAUCGUUGGUGAUGGCACACCUCAAGCUCUCAUACCCAUAUUGACCGGUAAAAUAGAGCUGGAGUUACCGGAAACCCGAAAACGCAUGGGCUCGAAAGCUCACUACGUUGAUGUUUAUCCACUGAUAUGGAAUCGUUACAAAGAAAAUGGUUAUAUCACUGGAUUCAUGGAGGACGUUCAUCACAUCGGGACCUUUACAUAUCGCCUUAAGGGCUUCGACAAACAACCCACCGAUCACUACAUGCGGACUUAUUAUCUCGCAGCUUCUUCUUAUUUCAAGUACUCCAAAAAAUUUUGCAUCUCUGGCCUGCCCAGGCACAUGGUCAUGAUGAACUACAUCAAAUCAAUUUUCAACACAUAUCGAGACCAGCCGAAAUUCGCUUUUGGAUUCCAUGGCGAAUUGUCGCACGAUUCGUACAAUGACAUUGGCGUCGUUGACGACGAUUUGCACAAGUGGGUCAAAGACUUGCAGACUCUUGGACACUUGAACAAUACAGUAUUAAUUCUGAUGAGUGAUCACGGCCACAGAUUCGCCGAAGUUCGUAAUACUCUACAGGGGAAACAGGAAGAACGUUUGCCUUUUUUUGCAUUUAUUUUUCCACCGUGGUUCAAACAAGUACAUCCAACGGCUUACGCAAAUUUUGUUUACAACACGCGACACUUAACAUCGCCUUUCGACAUCCAUAGGACGUUGGAAAGUAUCUUAAAAUUCGAGACUCCAAAGGAAGGCGACACUCGUGAUCGGGCUAUAAGCUUGUUCAACAAGAUUCCAUUGGAACGAACUUGCGCCGAUGCCUUCAUCGAGCCGCAUUGGUGCGCGUGUCUCAGUUGGCAGGAAGUUCCUAUUACUGACCCAACCGUGACUCUGGCUGCGAAACACUUCGUUCAAUUCUUGAACAGUUACACCGAGGAACAUCGCAAUAUCUGCGAAGUUUUACGUUUGGAUAAAAUCCUGUGGUCUUCAAAAUUGAUUCCGACAAAAGGACUCUUAAAUUUUAAAAAAUCCGGUGACAAAGAUGGCUUUGUGGGCGAUUUUAGUGCCAAAACUGCUCUCAUGUCGGAGGUUUACCAAGUCAAAGUGAAAACUGAGCCAGGCGGUGCAUUAUUUGAGGCCAGCAUAACUCAUGACGUGCAGAAAAAUGCCUUUCAAACAAAAAUAUCUGACGUCAGUAGAAUAAACAAAUACGGUACUCAAGCGCGAUGCGUUGACAAGGAAUUCCACGAUUUACGAAAAUAUUGUUACUGCAAAGACUGAAAUUGGAAUAAUCCGGUGGAACGAGCACGUCUAAAAAAGCUCACAUGAAGUCGAUUGACGUCCAGCAGUUGCAUGAGUGGGGGGGGGGGGGGGGGGUCGAUAACUGAAAAUUACGCAUUUUCUCAAAAUAUUAAGGGCGUCCUUAUAAAGCGUAUUUCCUUAAAAAAGUAUUGGUGAAAAGGGGAAUGAAGUAUUUUGAAAAAUGAUUAAUGUGGCCUGCUUCAACUGACAGCAGGCUGGGAUUUUCAGUGAUAUAACAGAAUAUUUGGUAAAAUGACUCGCGUGCCAAUAAAGAAUCUCAAUAUCGUUUGUUUUCAUUUUUUUUUCUUUUCCGAUUUCGAGUGCAUUUUAGUUAUUAAGGUCCUCGAAAUGCAGGCUCAAUGCACAUCUUUUUUUACAUAUAACGAAGCAAUAUGAAAACAUUCGAUCGAAAAAAUUCAACACUCAUCAAUCGAUCGAAUGAAAAAAUUCAUUCCAUGUAUCAUAUGUAAAGAAUUUCGAAUUAAUUAAUCAUCUAUUACUAAGUCAUCAAGAAAGUAGAACAUUUCUAUAGCAAUUAGAUUAAAGAUAAUGUAUUAUUAAUAAAAUAAUAAUAAUAAUAAUAAUAAUAAGGAUCUAACAGAAAUGGAUUUUUCACUCUAGAUGCUCAGAAAAGUAUCUAAAAAUUCAGGAAAUAGAUGUGUUAGAAUGAGUUUAUUUCAGUCAUUGAAUAAUAUGCAUUUUAAAGAAAUGCAACUUUUGCCAUUUUAGAUUUAACCAUUCUUUGAAUAUAAUUUAAUCACUGCUUGGUCCUGUGGAGACUAUAAAUAAUGAGAAAGUUAUCGACGAUUUGUCAAGACCAGAAAACCUCAGCUCUAUCGUCAUGAAAAAUCCCAGUUUGUGAUUUGAUAGUACAUAAAUGUUUCUCCAUUUCUUUUUUACCAUCUGCGAUUUAGCUCAAAUUGUUGAAAGUUUCUUACAAAAAGUGUGACUGCGAAUAGUUGUAAGUAGCAUUGAUACAACAUGAAAUACAAUUGAAGCUAUAUUUAAUAUUAAAAACAAAAAAAUAUCUCGUGCGAAUGACUCUGCGAGUGAACAUUUCAAAUAAUCGUAGUUGAUAAUUUUUCUUUGAAUUCGCAAGUCAAAUCGUUUACAAAUAGCAAUGUAAUGCGAGUACAAGAAUGGUGCGAGGCCUAGGUAACAUGCUCGUUAUCAAUUAAAGCCUAAUAUGAUAUAAAAUCGAAUUUCAUCUUGUACUCUUCGUCGACCAUUGAAAAUUGUGCAAAUUUUGAUCUCUCCUUGUUCACAAAUAACAGCGUACACAGUUUAUCGUAUAUUUUCUUGUUUUGUGUAAACACGAGAGUUGCGAACCAGGGAGGAAAGGAAUUAAAAAAGUAUGAAAAUA